AUGGAAGGUGAUAAUAGGGUAGUGUACGAUUUUGUGUUCAAUGGUUGGGGCUUGAAAUUCGCGGCGGACAAAGACAACUUGAUUACUCGCUCACUUUACCGCAAAAAAGUAUUCAAGGGGAUGCAUAUCAAGCAUGGCGGAUUGGUGAUGGAGGGUGGUGGUCUAGAAAGUGAUGGGCAGGGUACUUUACUUACCACUGCGGAGUGUUUGCUAUCGCCGAAUAGAAAUCCGCACCUAUCCAAGGGGCAAUUGGAACGAAAAAUCAAGGCUUUAUUUGGCUUGGAGCGCAUUUUAUGGCUCAAUAACGGCUAUUUGGCGGGCGAUGACACCGAUUCGCACAUUGACACCUUGGCGCGCUUCUGUACGCCCGAUACGAUUAUGUAUGUGCAAUGUAACGAUGCUGCCGAUGAGCAUUUUGAAGCAUUGCAGGCAAUGGAGCAAGAGCUUAAGUCUUUCACCACUGACGAUGGUAAACCGUACCAUUUGGUGCCUUUGCCCAUGGCUGAUGCUUGUUUCGAUGCAGAUGGUUGCCGUUUGCCGGCUACUUAUGCCAAUUUUCUCCUCAUCAAUGGGGCAGUGCUGGUGCCGGUGUAUGGCGUAAAGCAAGAUGCCUCUGCUUUGAAGAUAUUUGAAUCGGCAGAGGAGACUGAGAUGUUUGAGCUGGCCAUGCCAAUACCGGGUCCGGAUACGGAGGUGUUCUCGGCUGCAGCCAAGAAACAUAAAGUAGUGUUGGUGACCUCAUUGUUUGAGAAAAGAGCGCCUGGACUAUACCAUAACACCUCAGUUGUGUUUGAGAAAGAUGGCGAAUCUGUGGUCUCCAAAAUCAUCAUUAACACCAUGGAGAUGUUUGGAUAUGCCCCAAGCCCCGAAAUUGCCCAUAAAAUUGCCCUCCCCAUAGCCUUUGCUGUCAUUACUGUGUUGCACAUCGUUUUUGGUAUCGUCACACUAGAAGAUAUAGUGGAAGUAUUGGUAGGUGAUAUACAGGAUGAGCAUGAUGCUGAAGUACCUGUUGUGGAAAAACAACCAGACAAUAAGUGGCUCAUCGCAGCUCAAAACAACCUUGCAGAAAUAAAUGAAGAGUUGCCUUUUGAUUUCCCACUCGAUGAAGACUACGAGACCCUCGCAGGGCUCAUCCUCAAAACACUUGAAAGCAUCCCCGAAGAGGGGCAAGUAUUGCAAAUUGGCGGAUACGAAAUCAAAAUAGUAAAAAUGUUCAAAACCAGCCCCGAAAUGGUAUUGGUGCACAGAAUGUAA